UAGUGUAUCAAAACCAAUUUUACAUCCGUAGUAAAGUCUAAAUUUAUAUAUACACACAAUGGGUUUCAUUUGUGAAAGUGGUUGACAAGGAUAGCAUUAAUACAUUUUUAAACAUGUGUUUUCUUCAUUUAUUAACGUUUAUCAUUUUGUUAUUCCUGUAUGAAUCACAAAGUCUCCAAGAAGGAUUCUGUGGAAAUGUUGUAAAGACAUCGGUUUUGAGAAUAUGUACAGAGGACCGGAUGCAAGAUGCAACGACUGCUUAUAUUGAUACCAUCGAGGCUCCCAAAUUUAAGAACACGUCUUGUGAAUGUCGCAUAUUUCCUUCUAGAAACAGAGCUAGUUUGAUGUUUGAAAUGAUAAAUAUCACUCAAGGGUCACAAUUGAAAUUUAAAAUAAAGGGAAAUGUGUUUGACAAAUUAAGUAGCUCACGUUCAGUUCGUAUCCAGGAAAACACUAAGCUUAAGUUUAUUACUAAUACAACUCGGAAACAAGAGGGAGCUUGUCUCGCCAUCUAUCAAAUUUUAGAAAACCGGAACCCACGUCAAGAAGUCAAAUUCAGUAUUAGAUGCAAAAAGGUUGCAUCAAGAGCAACAACAAUAGAAACGAUGCCAGUUUCAAAUUCAGCAAGUCAAGUGCCUGGAAUAAUGGCUCCUCUGUCAUCAAAUUCUAAAUCCCACACAUUGUCAACAAAAAAGUCUUCUGCUCAAACAAAAGUCGGUCUUGAUUCUACAGACAACAGAAGAAUAGGCAUUUUAGGUAUAUUCUAAUAAACUGAAAUACAAGGUAUCAUUCGAUUUAGAAUAAAUUCAAAUGAUAAUUACCUAUGUUACUUAAUAUAGUAACAAUAAUUAUCUAAGGUAUUUCAACGCUAUAAAUGCAAUAUUUAGGUCAUUUUGCAUUUUUUGCCGCCUUGC